AUGCUGGCAGUAACGGAUGCCCCAAGCAAUCCUCAGCCACUGACGAAUGUCCCAGAAGUGACUUUCAGAUCAACCGACUUUAACGGUGUUGAUACCAACCUAGAUGACCCUGUUGUCAUCUCCAUUCAGUUAGGAGACCUGAUAGUAAGAAAGGUUUUACUCGACCCAGGAAGCAGUGCAGAUGUCUUAUUUUUCACCACCUUCGAAAAGAUGAAGCCGAGCAACAAUAUUAUGCAGCCAUACCUGGGAGACCUGGUCAGAUUUUCAGGAGAACGAGUUCCUGACAAUGUUAUAGCUACAAUUCACGGAGAUCUCCAGGAAGCUCGGCAAUGCUACAACACGAGCUUAAAGCCAUUCAAAAAAGUCGGACAAUCUCAUAUCAACUCCAUAAUGUCCGAACAGAUAACACCAGCCGAACUUGACCCCCGCGCUGACUUCGAAGAUCGGCCUAUGCCAAAUGAGGAGUUAGCAAAGAUUACUCUAAAUGAUGAUCCAAUGAAAUUUACUUUUGUGGGCACUUCCAUGAAUACAGAGGACAGGAAAAGCCUUGCAAGUUUCCUACAGGAGAAUGCCGACCUAUUCGCAUGGACCUCUGCUGAUAUGCCAGGAAUAGAUCCGUCUGUUAUAACACACAAAUUGGCAUUAAAUCCAACAGCUCGGCCGAUCUCCCAGAAAAAAAGAAACCUCGGCACUGAAAAGCGACAAGCAUCAAUCGCCGAGGUGAAAAAACUCAUCGACGCCAACUUCAUCAGAGAAAUCAGAUUCACCGCAUGGCUAACCAAUAUGGUUAUGAUCCUUAUGCACUCAACAGACCAGGAAAAAACGGCUUUCAUAACUGAGAAUGGUAAUUACUACUAUAAUGUUAUGCCUUUUGGUCUAAAGAAUGCAGGAGCCACAUAUCAACGGUUGAUGAAUAAGAUCUUCCAGCAGCAAAUAGGCCGGAAUAUAGAGGUUUACGUUGAUGACAUGGUCGCCAAAACAAAGCUCGGCGACUCUCAUAUCCAAGACCUAGCCGAAAUCUUCGGACAAAUCCGACGAUACAAUAUGAGGUUAAAUCCAGAAAAGUGCGCCUUCGGAGUUCAGGGAGGAAAGUUCCUCGGAUUCAUCCUUACUAGCCGAGGAAUUGAAGCAAAUCCAGAGAAAUGUCAAGCAAUACUCGGCAUGCAAAGUCCAUCCACAGUAAAGGAGGUUCAAAGGCUAACAGGACGAUUAGCCGCCCUAUCUAGAUUUUUACCAUGUUUAGCACCUAAAUCCUCAAAUUUUUUCCAAUGUUUGAAAAAGAAAGCAAAACACUUUGAAUGGAACCAAGAUUGUGAAAUGGCUUUCAAAAGCUUAAAAGAAUUUCUUUCAAAACCCCCUGUUUUACAAAAACCAAAGUCCGGCGAGCCAUUAUACAUAUAUUUGUCUAUUACUGAUGUUGCCAUUAGUUCUGCUCUUGUAACAGAAACAGAUAAGAACCAACAGCCAGUCUAUUUUGUGAGCAAGUCCUUACAGAACGCCGAACUUCGCUACCCAAGGUUGGAAAAGCUCGCCUUAGCCCUAGUAUUCUCAUCAAGACGCCUCCGACCAUAUUUCCAGAGCCACACGAUCAUCGUCAGAACGGGACAACCUUUACGGCAGGUUCUUUCGAAACCCGAGCUGGCAGGAAGACUAAUUAAAUGGGCCAUUGAGUUGUCGGAAUUUGACAUUCAAUAUCAGCCAAGAGGGUCGAUCAAGUCCCAAUACCUAGUUGACUUUGUUGCCGAGCUCACGGAACCAUGGUCAGACGCAUCAGGUCCAAGGUGGACCUUGUUCGUAGACGGAGCUUCCAAUCCUCAAGGCGCUGGCGCUGGAAUACUACUCGAAAGCUCGGAUGGCAUAGUGCUCGAGCAUUCCCUCAGAUUUUCAUUCAAGGCCAGCAAUAACCAGUCCGAAUACGAGGCCCUCAUAGCAGGGCUCAGGUUAGCCACCGAUUUACAUAUCGAUAAUUUAAAAGUUUACUGCGAUUCAUUAUUAGUCGUUCAACAGGUGAACCACAGUUUUCAAACAAAAGACCCGAUCUUAUUGAAGUACUUGGAUAUUGUCCAACAACUACUAAAAAAUUUUUCAACAAUCCACAUUAUUCACAUACCUAGGGAGCAAAACCAUAGGGCGGAUAUUUUGUCAAAAUUAGCAACCACACAAGCCCACACCACUACUAUUUUACAGUCAACUCUAGAUAAGCUGAGCAUUGAUGCACUUAAUGUUCUAAACAUAGUUAAUAAAGAUAGUUGGCAACACCCUUACAUUCAGUACCUCCGUUCUGGAUCCAUUCCGAAAGAUAUUGAAAAUAAAGGCAAAUUCAGAAGACAAGCCUCCUAUUAUACAUUGUUAAAUGAUAAUCUGUAUAGGCGAGGAUACUCUCGACCUUUGUUAAAAUGUUUGAACAGGGUAGAGGCCGACCUUGUCUUAUCCGAGGCUCACGAAGGCAUUUGUGGAAUACACUCUGGAGCUCGAAGCCUGUCACAGAAAAUUCUUCGAGCCGGCUUUUACUGGCCAACGAUAUGGGAAGAUAGCAAACACAAGGUCAGAACAUGCGAUAAUUGUCAGAAGCAUUCGCCGACCAUUCAUCUACCAGCAGAGCAUCUUCAUCAUUCAACGGUAAGCUGGCCAUUUGACAAAUGGGGAAUAGAUAUUCUAGGACCAUUCCCUACUGCUCCAAGACAUGUAAAAUAUUUGGUAGUUGCAAUUGAUUAUUUUUCCAAAUGGAUCGAGGCACAACCUUUAGCAAAAAUCACAUCAGCACAAAUGAUAAGCUUCGUUUGGAAAAGCAUAAUAUGCAGAUUUGGUAUACCAAGUCACAUUACAACUGACAAUGGUCGUCAGUUUAUCGACCAAAGUUUUAAAGCUUUUUUGCAGAAUCUAAAAAUAAAACAACAUUUUUCUUCCGUCGAACAUCCACAGUCCAAUGGGUUAGCAGAAGCUGCUAAUAAGGUCAUUCUCCAGGCUUUGCGAAAAAAGCUCGACAGUGCAAAAGGGUUAUGGGCCGAGCUUGUCCCAGAAGUAUUAUGGGCGUAUAAUACUACAGCUCAUUCAACAACAAAGGAAACCCCAUUUCGUUUGGUCUAUGGAUCUGAAGCCAUGAUCCCUAUAGAAGUGUCACAGGGCUCAAUGCGGACGUUAGCUAAAGAACACGAUCAAGCUCGGCAAACAGAGCUCGACUUAAUCGAAGAAAUACGAGAAACAGCAGCCAUUCGGCACCGAGCAUUACAGCAGCAACUUAGCCGACGAUAUGGGCAAAAGGUGAUCCCAAGAUCCUUCAGCACUGGUGAUUUAGUACUCAGAAAAACAGAGCAAGCUCGCCGACCUCCCUCCCAUGGGAAGCUCGCCACAGCAUGGGAUGGUCCGUACAGAAUAUCCGAAGUCCUCGGCAGAGGAGCAUACAAGUUGGAAGACAUAAAUGGCACUAAACUCCCUAGCACAUGGAACGUCGGGUCCCUGAAGCGAUAUUACAGUUAG